AUGGGUGAAAAGACCGUGGAUAUCCCGGCUAUUGUGCCGAACGAGGCUGGAUCGAUCAACGAUGAGCCGACCAAAGAGCAUGUCAUAGACUCUCGCGCCGACAUUGGACUCCGUUACAUCGCCGAACAUGGAGUGGUGGAGUUCACCCCCGAAGAAGAGCGCAAGGUGCGGAGGAAGAUCGACAUGUACUUCUUGCCAAUCCUUGCGAUCACUUUCGGCCUCCAGUACCUUGAUAAGGUAUCAAUCGGCUACUCGGCCGUAUACGACAUGAUUCCAGACCUCGGAUUAGUCGGCCAGCAAUACUCCUGGGCAAAUUCUCUAUUCUAUUUCGGCUAUCUGGCUGGUGAGGUCCCCGCCAACUUCCUCAUGCAGAAGUUGCCGAUCGGGAAAUUCGUAGCUGUGAACAUCUUCAUCUGGGGCGUGCUUGUGAUGCUCUGCGCUGUGACAAAAAACUUUACCGGGCUGGCCAUCCUAAGAUUCCUCAUGGGCGUUUUCGAAGCAUGCAUUGGUCCUUGCUGGGUCCAGCUCACAGGCAUGUUCUACAAAUCCGGCGAACAAGGCGCUCGUGUGUCUGUGUGGUACUCUAUGGUUGGGCUCGCCGUGAUUCUUGGAGGAUUCUUCUCCUGGGGUAUUGGAAAUAUCCAAACACAAGGAGUCAAAACAUGGCAGCUCAUCUUCUUGAUCUGCGGAGGCUUUACGGUAGUCUGGGCCGUGAUCAUCUACUUGUGGCUACCAGAGUCGCCGGCGGUUGCAAAGUUCUUGGAUCAGCGUGAGAAGUCUAUCGCUAUCGAGCGCCUGCGGAAGAACCGUACGGGUAUCAAGAACAAGGAGUUCAAGUGGGCUCACGCCAUUGAGGCUCUCAAGGAUCCCCAGUGUUGGAUGAUCUCCCUGUGGACUGGUGUCUCUAUGAUGCUGAACAUUGGUGGCUCUUUCAAGCCACUUAUCAUCCGCGAUAUGGGCUUCACCGGACUGACGACCACGUUACUGACAAUGCCAAAUGGAGCCGUCGAGAUUGUCGCCAUGGCCCUUGGAGCGUACUUCUCCAGCAAGCUCAAGAACGGGCGGACCAUGCUCAUGUUCGUCAUCGCCUUGCCCACGGUCGCGGGUUGCAUCAUGCUUGCAGUGGCGCCGCGGUACAUGACUUGGGUGCGCCUGACGGGCGUAUGGACUUUGACCUGCAUACCGGCGUCCUACGCGCUCUUGCUGAGUCUCAUCUCCUCCAACGUUGCGGGCACGUCGAAGAAGGUCGUCGUGACGCUGUCGUCCUUCAUCUUCUUCUGCGUGGGCAAUAUCGUCACACCGCAGCUCUUCAUCGAUAAGGAAGCCCCCUAUUACACCACGGGCAUGCGCGCCAUGCUCGUCGGCGUCUGUCUUACGGAGGCUCUCACCCUCGCGCUCGGGGCAUACUACUACUUCGAAAACAAGAGACGUGACCGUCUUCUCGCGGAGACUCCGGCCGAGGUGAUCGCGGCCAACACAUUCGAUAAUGAAGAGUUCCUGGAUCGUACUGAUCAGGAGGAUUGGAUGAGGUUCAGGUACAAGUGGUAG